UUCAAAGGCUCAGAGGUUUGGAGAGAAAGCGGAAGGGAGUCGCGAAGAGCAGCUGGCGGCGGGAUGGAGGCGGCAGCUGAGCCCGGGAAUCUGGCUGGAGUGCGAAAUAUCAUCCUUGUCCUCUCUGGAAAGGGGGGCGUUGGGAAAAGUACCAUCUCCACGGAGUUGGCCCUGGCGCUGCGCCACCAGGGCAAGAAGGUGGGGAUCCUAGAUGUAGACCUGUGCGGGCCCAGCAUCCCACGCAUGCUCCGUGCACAAGGCAAGGCAGUGCACCAGUGUGACCAAGGCUGGGUGCCUGUCUUUGUGGAUCAGGAGCAGAGCAUCUCCCUCAUGUCUGUGGGCUUCCUGCUGGAGAACCCUAACGAGGCCGUGGUGUGGAGAGGUCCCAAGAAACAUGCGCUGAUAAAGCAGUUCGUGUCUGACGUGGCCUGGGGAGAGCUGGACUAUCUGGUUGUGGACACGCCACCAGGGACUUCUGAUGAGCACAUGGCCACCGUGGAAGCCCUGCGCCCCUACAGGCCCCUGGGGGCUCUUGUGGUCACCACACCACAGGCAGUGUCUGUUGGGGAUGUGAGGCGGGAGCUGACUUUCUGUAGGAAGACUGGGCUGCAGGUCAUAGGGGUCGUGGAGAACAUGAGCGGCUUCGUCUGCCCACACUGCGCUGACUGCACCAACGUCUUCUCCAGGGGUGGAGGGGAGGAGCUGGCCCAGCUGGCUGGAGUCCCCUUUUUAGGCUCGGUUCCCCUGGACCCCCAGCUCACCAGGAGCCUGGAGGAGGGCCGUGACUUCAUCCAGGAGUUCCCCAAGAGCACUGCCUAUGCCGCACUCACUUCCAUCGCCCAGAAAGUUCUGCACAGGAUGCCUGCUCUGCACUCCUGACAGCCUCCCAGCCUCUCUGUCCACAGCCUACAGGAGCUCUGGGAGCUGGUGUCCUCAGGACUGGCCUGAGCAAUGGCUGGUCUGUGCGAUGACCUCCGUGCAGACAUCUCCCUGCAGGCCCCAGUGUUCGGGGCAGAGUUUUCUUUACCAUCAGCGGCCUUGCCAGACUAGUUUGUAGCUGAGGGGACGAUUUGGGUCCUAGUUUCUUGAGAUGGUCGCAGCCUUAACCUCCACCCUAUGGGCUUUGUCCAGCCCUAGUUCCCUCCGCCCCAGAUCCACCAGAUCCACAGGCUGCUCAGACAGCACACUAUACACGAGCUGGCCAGUACAUUCUCCUCCUGAGGGACCCUGAGUGCCCACAAGGACUGUGCUGUGGAGCCUUCCGUGAUGCACUGUGUGGUUUACUUGGUAACUUACGGGAGUCUGCCAUUAAACUAUCUCCCUACCUUGUGGAGAACCCAGCA